UGCACCAGAGGUGCUGCUAGGGAAGCAGCAGUCACCCACUAUACACCCUCUAUUAUAAAUGACAAAUUACAGCAGUUGUAGGGUAACCAGGGGUUUUUAUUUAACUUGCCACCCAAUUACCACCUCCCCUCAUCACAGAGAAAGUAUUAGCCUAAUUACAUGCAUUUACCCCAGAUAGACAGGCAAGAACAUGCGCUGAGUCUCAUUGCUCUCUCCUAUUCCUGAAAAUGUAGCGCUUCCCUGCAGACAUCUGGUGUCACUGUUGUCUAUGGCUAUUCAUCUGUCCUUCUCCCUCUCUCAUCCUCCGCUUUCUCAUUCUCCCUGUCCUCCACGCCGAAAAAAUCCAGAGACCGCAUGUGAGUGGCAGAGGAAGAGACACCCAGUGAAGAAGCAACACAUCUCCUCACCUUUCUUCUCCCCUCUCAGUGGUGGAUCCUGUUCAUUGCUCUGGAGCAGAGACAUAACAUCUACUUCAGUUCUCCCACAAGAGAUGUGAAAGGACCUAUACAGUUACUGUAGAUCGGUGUGUGCAGAUUAAGGGUGUCUUAAUAUCUUUUUCUUGAGGGGAAAAUCUGUAUAUUUAUCCAAAAGCAGGAGGAGAUAAGAGCAUGAGCGAGAAUGGCUUAUUUUGCUGCACUUGAAUUAUAUGGCUGAUUCUUCAGCUAAAAACAAGGUUUUAAAACCCUCCGGAACCCAGGAGAAAUUUACUGCCAGGAUUCAAUUCCAUGCGAAGGUCUCUUCUCACAGCAUGGAAGAGUCAGCGUCAGGCCCUCCCUCGCCUUCUGUCAUUUGGCAACCAGAAGCCAAAUCACCUGGUUCCAGGAUACAAAGAAUGGAUGCUGCUGAUCUUGGAGUUACAGACCAGCAUUCUCCAUUUUCCCAGGAUGCUCCUGCUGCUGAAGAGGGGGGCUCUCAAGCAGAUUUGGAUGUGCCAUACCCUGACUUGGCCCCUGUGGUUUUCUUCUGCCUCAAACAGACCACCACCCUACGAUACUGGUGCAUCAAAGUGGUUUGUAACCCAUAUCCUCUUUAAAAAGACCUGCUGAAGAGAGUAAAAAUGCAGUCUUUGGUGUGGUGUGGGGGGAGGUGAUGGUUUCUAGCCAAAAUCUUGUUGCCAAAAGAUUUCAAGGGGCUAACCUGGGAAUAUCUACGUUGUUUAUUUCAGUCAAUUAACACUCACUGCAACCAAAAAAACAAUAUGGUGGCUUUUCUUACUAGCAAGAGUGAAACACAGGGGCAUUAUUACUGAUAGGUAAACAUAGAAUCCCCCAUAAUUCAACAUAUAUAAUCCUGUGUUAGUGAAAAGAGUUGUGGUGUUCCCUUUCAAUGAUAUGCGGUGAAUUGUAAUGCAAUGCACAGACAUUUUAUUUAGCAUAUCUAGAUUUGAAUUGUUACUGAAGUGGUUUGUUAUUCUUCUGCUGCCCAUUCCUGUAAUAGACAUAGGCUGAUUUGUAUACUUUAUGAUGUUAUUUACAUUUGUUGUGUUUACAUACUAAAGCAAUAUGGCUGCUGCCUUCUCUGCCCAUUACCUAGGCCUGCAUCUCCACAAAUGAAUAUUUUACCCUUUAAGUUUCAGAUUUAACCUUUAGACCAUGUGUUCAUUUGGAGAUAGGAAACAAAUGCUUGAUGUAUUUGUGUAAUCAUCCGGGGAGCAAGCAAAUCGCUAGCAUGGAAAGUGUCAGGCUAUGGCUGGAUCAUUUAUUCUUCUCGGCGCAGUGAUGCGGUUGUGUUGUUGGUGCACAGUCAUUUGGCAUGGAUCAGAGGAACAUUAUGCAAACCUUGCCUGCAAAUUUGGAAUAUGUUAAACGGAAGUGUACACAAAUAACCUGACCUCUAGAGCAAGAUAAUACGGAGGCCAUGGAAUUGUAUUUACAAAGACACAAUUAUUAUUAUAUAUUCUAUAGGAAUCCAUCCACAGGUGACUAGUGGGUAUAAGGCCAUCUUUACUAAAUAGCUGUGUUUGUGUGUUAUUCAUGUCAUCAAUAUUUAUGAGACAUUCUGUUGUUGUGACUGUGAGCAAUAAGUAGACUGGGGUGAAAGUAAGAAGAUAACCCAACUAAUAAGACAAGCUGGUGUGCUUUACUCUAGAUCUUGAUGGAAAGACUUCUCAAAAUGUAAAAGGAACCACAGAUUGAUUAUCUAGAAAAGAGGUAACAAUGGAAGGUUAAAAAGGUUUCAAAAUAGAAAUAAAGGGGGGUUAACUAGCCUAAAUCAGUCAGGAGAUGAGAUUCUUUAGAUCUAUCUUGUCCUUCCUUGUUAAUGAGGGCCAGAGGCCCAAAAUUUCACCUGUUUUCCAUUCUAUCAACCUGAUGCCCAGCGGUGCGCGAUAAUGAAAAGAAACUUUCUGAGGCAACAGGUUGCCCAACGUUUAGAUCAUUGUUGCCACAGAUCACGUAGCCUGGGGGUAUUGAUGCAGAAGGGUUUCGAGACCCUGAAAGACAUAUUUUAUCUUCAGUUUCCCCUUCAUCAGUAGCAACUGGGAGAUUUUAUUUGCUUGACCCUCCCUACCAAAACCACAAUCCUACUUCUCCCGCCGUAUCUAAAGGGUCUUAAGAGCUCAAGUUUCUUAGGGCUUAUAAUAAAUUUCAAUGAAUUGUCUUAUAAUGACAUAAGAAAGAUUGUAAGCACUUGCGAAUAGGGCCCUCUGGUCCUAUUUUUUGAUCUCUAACCCGUUAGUUACAUUUCUGUAAGAUCCUUGUUUAUUUUAAAUCAAUAUAAAGUGCUGUAUAACUAUACUAUAUAUGUGCACUAUAUUAAUAAAUUAUGAAGAUUAUACAGAGCAUGUUUUUUGCAGAAAGUAGAUCCUCACCCCCAUGAUACAUAUAAGAAGAAAUACUGUUGCCCAGCAAAAAAAGAACAGUUAGCCAGCCUUU